AUGCGCUUUCCAUCAUUCCCAACCUUCGUCCGCACGCUCUACACUUUCAGUAACACCACAGCACGUCUAUUCCCUCAGGUAACGCGGGGUACAGUCGGUAAUCCGUUCCACUACAACCACCGCGCCGCCACAGUCUUGAAAUCUAUGCCCUCGAUCCCAUUCCUGAGUUCUUUCUUCGGCACAUCCUCCUCUUCUUCGGGAAAAAUGUCAUACCCAGAUGAGCGAACCAAGGAUGAGUGGCGCACAGUGUUGAAUCCAGAACAAUUCCGCAUCCUCCGUGAAAAGGGCACGGAAGCCCCCUUCACUGGCAAAUACGACAAACACCAGCCGACCAGCGGCACAUACAACUGCGCCGGAUGCAAUGCACCUCUCUACACGGCAGACCACAAGUUCAAAUCAGGCUGCGGCUGGCCUGCGUACUUCGACAGCAUUCCGGGAGCCGUCACCAGACACACAGACAGCUCAUUCGGCAUGGAGCGGACGGAGAUCGUCUGCAGUAAGUGUGGUGGCCAUUUAGGCCAUGUCUUUAAGGGCGAGGGCUACAAUACCCCAACGGACGAGCGGCAUUGUGUCAAUUCCAUCAGCCUGACGUUUCAUGAUAAGCCCGAGACUGAGGGCGGGAAGGAAGAGUCGAAGUGA